UUCACUCUCUACUGCUUUCUCUCUCUAGCUCAACCAAUCACUGACACAGACGGAGAGCGAGAGAGAGAGAGAGAGAGAGAGAGAGGGACAAAGAUAGGCUGCGAAUGUCACAGCCUGAAGCUGCAAGGUGCGCUACUACCACAACAUUGCACUUGCGUAGAAAGUUGUCGAAACCAUCCGGUUCACCUCCCUCCUUGCGGAAUCGCCGCGCUGUAUUUCGUCUCCUCCGUUUCCUUCGAUGCGAUUGAUUCCAUCGUCGUCCCCUGUCGUCGCCAUCAGUCGCUUCUUCCUUUCUUGGCACCUGCGCCGUUGUAAGUUUUUGUCCCGGUUUUUCAGCUGGGAUUGGGCCUUGCGUGAAGUGAAGUACAAAAGGUAAGAGACAGAGCGGAGAGAGCCUGAGGGGGGGCUGAGACCGAGGAGAGCACUGUAAUAGUGGUGCAGUGUGAUGCUGUCCAGAUCGUGUCGUCGUUUUCUGCUGGCUCGGCUUUUUCUCUUAUCGCGUUGCUUUCCGGUUUCAGGGUCUGCUUUCUUGGCUCCGAUUCCGCGAAACGGAAGCUUUUGCGGAGACGAUAAUGCUGUGCGACGACCAUGUUAGUUUUUCCAGGUUGGCUUUGUCCGUGAAACAUAGGAAAUGUCCGUGCAGUGAUUUGGAGGAAUGUGAGUGAUUCAGCGAAGCGCAUGGAAAGGUGCAGAGAGGCGGAAACGAAACACAUUCCUGUCUGGUUACUGAGUUGGAUAGGCCAUUGAAGAUCAAUCUCGUCCGGGAUUCGGUUCUCCUUUGUUCGACCAGCGUUGAGGUAGAUCUUAGGAUCGGGUUUGGGACUAGCUGGAGUUGUUUGAUUAGAGGUUUUUCACCGGCUUAGUUCUUCUUUUUCGCUUCUCGGGAGAAGAUGAUGAACGAGAGUGCGGGGAAAGCGGCGCCGUGUCUGGCGAUUACGGAGAAGCGUCAAGCUCCGACAAGGCCCGGAGGUUGUGUCGGUAUCUUCUGUCAGCUCUUUGACUGGCACCGUAGGUUCGCCAAGAAGAAGCUCUUCUCCAGAAAGUUGCUUCCUCCUGCUCGCGCGAAGCAAGUAUCGAGGAACUUCCACCGGGACGAGAAGAUGCCCGCUGCUAGGCUACAUUUGAUCGCCGAUGAGAACAAAGGGGGUUUCCCCAAUUCGAGGAGAAAUGGGAAUAAGAAUCUUGAUCUGGAACAGAGGCAAAAGCAUGAAACUCAAGCUCCGGGGUUGGUUGCCAGGCUAAUGGGUCUUGAAUCCAUGCCUGCUGCGCAGAAGAAGGUUACCAGACCUCUGUCAUGCGACACUCGCCAUGGUAAAGUGCAGAAGUUUCUCCUUGGUAGCGAAGGGUCCGCAGAGGAAGACGACUUGGAUAUUGAAAAGGGACAGCUAAAGCACGAACUGAGGCCUCAGAAACUUCAGAAGACUGGUCCAUUGGAGAGACGGGUUGUUACACGCUUUGGAGUGGAGGCUUUGCAAAUUAAAGGUGUCUUGACUAAAUCGAGGAAGCAGCAUCACCCCAAGCUUCUCCCCCCUGUGAAGAGCCCAAGAAUCUCUUCCAUACAGAAUACAUCACGGACUUCUCGAUUGAUUGAUGCAGCUGCUAGGAUACUAGAACCUGGAUUGCAAGCCAGAAGCAGGGUUAAAUGUGCCCUUCCGUACUCCAUCUCCGGAUAUCCUUCCAGUGAGGUGGGUAUAGCGGAAAGGUCUCCAUCGCAGUCACAAAAUGCCUUUACGCAGGCCAUUUGUAGUGAAGCCGAGGCCGCAGGACAAACUUCAUGCAUUGACUGUGGUAAUUUGGUGGAUAUAGACCUCAGACAAAACACAUCGCAGCAGAUGCUAAAUCAUGUAACCAUAACCUUGAAUCCUUUUCAUGCUUCAUAUCAAGACUCUCGAAUCAAUGAACCAAGACCACCAGCAGCAGCUGUCAUGGAAGAAAGAGACGUAACUUAUAGGAGAAGGCAACGAGAAUCUGUUGCUCCGUGCUCCCCACCGAAUUGCCACUUUCAAGUCUUUAAUGUGCCCCUUAAGGAUGCGAAACCGCUUCCUAAAGAAUGCCAGGAGCAGCGGUGUAUGCCAAGCCAUGGGUGCAACCCUCACCAGGAAGAAUCACCAUCCAAUGCUUUGAAGAAUAGUCCCACCACCGAGAAGGAGAUGUUAGAGACUGGUCGGACGACUCCAACUGCCAAAUGCAUUAAUUCCAAUGGAAGGAAAGCCUUGUUAAGUGGAAAUUCUGCUACUGGGGCUAAGGAUUUUGUAGCUCUGAACCGCAGCCUAAGUGGUCAAACGCGUCCCAGGGUGCCAGUCAAAGCUGAAAACUCUGGUUCUGAUGCAGCCAGAAAGACUCGUGUUAGACGAGCUGAUUCUUUGUCACAAUUCAGAUCUCCAGUACGGAAGAUAAGGUCCGCUAAUGUUGAUGGACUAGUCGAGAGUCCAAGUUUUGUCAGUUCUGAAGUCAGUAAACAAAAUAAUGCUCAGCAUAAUGCAGUUCCCAAGACCAAGGUCAACUUUCGUGCUUCCUCCAGCGACAGAAGUUGUGACAGCAAUAAAUUGGUGGGUGAAGCUGAUAGAAUUAAAGCUGGGGGCAGUAACAAUAACAGUGUUGUUAGUUUUACAUUCAACUCUCCGCUGAAGCACAGGAGUGGUUUUCCUGAGGGUAUUGGUAGCAAGAGAACCGAAAAGAGCCUUCCUGGUGGAAAGGUAUCUGAUUCCAGAGAGCCAUUAUUCAACAGAAGUGAUGAUAAAGCAGCAUUUCAAAAGCAGUUCCCCUGGAAUGGAGAUGCUCUAGGUGCCCUUUUGGACUGUAAAUUGAAGGAGUUGAUUUCUCAAGAAGAAGACGAGCUGAGCACAGCAUGUGCCAUGCCCAAGCGAUCUACUGCUAUGAUUCUCCAAGAACUGAUAGCCGCUUUGACUGCUGCACCACCUCUAUCACAAGAUUGUCAUAUGCUUGAUGCUGGAAAUGCUAUUAAGAAAAAGGCAAAGAAGGAAGGGACAUUGAUUGGAUUUUCGAGUGAUGUGAAUCAUUUGAGCCCAGGUUCAGUCCUUGAUGCAUCCUUUUCCAAUGACAGCUGCAUCUCCAGUAGCUUAGAUGAAUGCACAGGAUUGAAGUUGCAUCCUGACUUCAUGGACUACCCUGAUCCUCUGCAGCCACUCAAUCUGGAAGCUUACCUUUUGGACUCUGCUACAUCACUCGACAACCGAAGAAGCUACCCUGAUCAUCUUAUUGACCGGAUAACUAGACUGAUAGGGGACCUAGAUCUUGUGGUGUUGGGAUUGGAUGGGAGCAGGCUCGCACAUGCAAAGGAUGUGAUUUUGCAUGCUGAACUGCUCUUUACGGAUUUGACUCGACGUCAUUCUGAUGGGAUGAAAGAUUUCAUGAUUACCCUCUUUCUCCUUGAUGAACUCGAACGUGCUGCCGCCACCACCUGGACAGAUAUGAAAUCUUUCUUUGGAUCGAAGGAAGCCAAAGAGGGGAAUCAGCUGAGGCGGUUUCUUUUCCACUGUUUGUUGGAGUGCUUGGAUUCAAAGUACCGGAGAUACUGUAACUUUGGAUAUCAAGGGUGGACGAGACAAUCGAUGUUCUUAAAUAUAGGGAACUUGAUCAGAGAUGUUGGAGGGGAGGUGAGAGAGUGGGCCUGUAUAGCUGGGAUGACUCCCGAUGAGAUAAUCGACUACGAGAUGAGUCACGCUCUUGGGAAAUGGACAGAUUUCGACAUCGAGGCGUUCGAGAAUGGUGCUGAACUGGGCGAGGAUAUACUCUCUAAUCUGGUGGAGGAAAUUCUGAUAGAGCUUUGAGGACCAAUGUGGUUCCUGGGAUUUAGACCGGCUGGCCGACUAAUUUUGCAUUUAUGAUGCUGUCGCAGCAAAUGGUGCAACUUUGUGUUUAGGAAGACAGUAACUGUUGUACAAAAGUACCGAAACGGGUAGCAGUGGAGGCUAAUUAUUUGUAAAUGACCAUUCUAUUCCAAGACGCUAACUGAAUUUCUGGGUCAGAUAAUCCCCACCC